UGUUUUGAUGUUUUGAAUUGUGUUACGUUUUUCAUUUUGUUUGGUUUGGGUUGGGUCAUUUUGAACCAAUAAUAUGGGCAUAUAUUUAUUUCUCAGUCGUCGAAUCCAGUGACCAGCAAAGUAGCAUUAUGGCACAGGACACCAUCGGUGAUAAGGCCGAAGAGCUGCCACAAGCGCACGACGCCCAAGUUGAAGACUCGACUUCAGCAGUGGGGUACUCUAGGGCUUCGGACGAUGCGAUUAAUAGAUCAAACGAACAAUGCCAACUAUUGAUGCAAACUCAAAACGCCCAGAUGAUUGAAUUAAUUCGUAUGAUAAAUGAACCGCCGCCUAAUGUUGGCAGAGAACCAGAGUCUACAUUGUCCAUCACAUUGCCCGAAUUUAAUCCCGAAGAAGAGGGAGCAGACGCGGUGGCAUGGUGCAAAGAGGUUGACAUUUGCCUCGGUCAAUACCCGCUUCAAAGCCGUGCCCUCAUCAUUGCACUGAGCAAAUCAUUAAAGGGCAGCGCAUCAUCCUGGCUAUCCCAGGUGACAUAUGAGGGCAUGACCUGGGGCGAAUUUAAAUUUAAUUUUCUCGCGUGUUACGACUCCGAGAAUACAUGCGCCGCAACAAUGAUAAGUAUCAACAACAGCCGCCCUAAGGAAGAAGAAUCCUACGCAGCUUACGCCAGCCGCAUGGUGAACUCAUUUCUAACAAGAUGGAAGGAUUUAACACCAGAACAAAUUGCAAUUUCUUUUGUGCUAGCUCACAUUUCCCGAUUCGACAGCAGAGUACAGAGGAUGGCUCAUAUGACGGAUAUAACGACACGCGAGAAACUUGUGCAGGAGUUGUCAGGGUUUUCUUAUUUGAAACAUAAACUACAACCAAUUCCCGAUGAAAAUAAUGAUCUGACCCCGGAGAAACGAGUUAAACGAGUUCCUAUUCAACGCCCUGCAAGAAAACGCAAUAGUACGAAAACUAAGAAAGCUGCUGCAACGUCAAGUAAGCCUGUGGACAUUGCGCCCGAGAUCUGUUAUGAAUUACAACCAAAUCCGGAUGAAAAUAUACUUAAACUAAAACUAGUUAAAAGUACUAUUUCUAUUGAACGGCCGGCCAGGAAGCGUAAGAGCACGAAACCAAAGACAGCUACGGCAACGUCCAGUACGCCAAUGGAUGUGAUGCCUGAGAUUUGUUAUCGCUGCGGGGAGGGAGGUCACAAUGCCAUUGAGUGCCCGAAGGCGAGUGCCAGUGCCAGCGCCCUCUCGAGGCUAGGACCCGGUAGCUCGGCCAGUGCACAGAGCCACGUGAAUACCAGUAUGCCAGACUGUGUGUGCUGUGGUCCACAACCUGCCGCGGGAACCCGACGUCAGCCAGAAUCAAUCAGCCACACAGAUUCGCUCGCGGGUACGUCCUCGGCAGCUUCAAAUGGUACCAUAUAUAUAGAGAUAUUAGAGAUUAUAAGUGAAGACAAAAACUGUAAUGUGAACCAAUCAAACGGGGAAGAUGUGAUGCCCGCAGUUUCGCGUCUAGAAUCGUCGUCAGUAGCUCCAAAUAACACGACAUAUAAAGAUACACAAGCAAAUCCAGACUUAAACCAAAUAAACGAGGAAAUUAAGGCAACUGACAAGUAUGUCGAAGACAUAAAUCAGAAUGUAAUCCAAGGAAAUGUGGAAAAUGGGGCAAGCGAUGUGUAUGCCGAGUUAGUCCUUUUAGAGCAGCACGCGCUGGUUUUAAAUGCUGAAGAAAUAGAGUGUGGAGUGUGUAUGGACAAUUAUCAACCUGGUCAAGGGGCGGUUCUUAGAGAAUGCGUUCACGCGUUUUGCAAGGAGUGCCUCUCAGACGUCGUGAAGCACUCCGAGGAGCCAGUAGUAUCAUGCCCCACCAUGGGCUGCCUUGGGUUUCUGGAGGAGCGGGAAAUCCGCGCACUCGUAUCUCCAGAGGAAUAUGAGCGAUGGCUGGCGAAAGGCCUGUCUGCGGCGGAGAGCGGCGCUCGAAACGCAUUCCAUUGUCGAACCGCCGACUGCCAGGGGUGGGCGAUGUGCGAUCCAGAUGUUACAAGGUUUCUCUGCCCUGUUUGCGAUGUUAUAAACUGCGUUACAUGUCAGGCGAUUCACGAGAAUGAAACUUGCGAAGAGUAUCGCGCUAAGCAAAAAUCUGACGAAAAGACCAAAACAUACCUCGAUAAGUUGCUGUCGCGCGGAGAAGCCAUGCAGUGCCCAGAAUGCAGUGUUAUUAUAACAAAGCUAUUGGGGUGCGACUGGAUCAAGUGUACGGCCUGCAAGACGGAGAUCUGCUGGGCCACGCGCGGCCCGCGCUGGGGCCCGGGCGGCCGCGGCGACACGAGCGGCGGCUGCCGGUGUCGCGUCCAACGGAAGAAGUGCCAUCCUUCUUGUCGUGAUUGCCAUUAGAUUAUUAUAGUUUGACCAACCGUCGUGUUACUAGAAAGAAAGUGUGAUAAGAGGGAGCGUAAAGCCUGCA